UUUGACGAGCGCAGACCAACAAAAAUAAUUCAACAAAAGCUAAGACUCUAUUCUAGAAAAGCAAAACAGUGUAUUGGUGAGCCAACCGCAAACACAAAGUGUGAUAAUCAAAAUAAAACGAGGAAUGAAAACAAUUAAAGUGUACCGAAAAAAAUGAAAAAUAUCUUAGAACUAAAAAAUCCUAUAUAAUUACAGUCAGUUUGUCAUAAUUUCGUAUAACAACUAUAUAAACAAGUUUUAUGAAAUAGCCGCCUUUAACGAACUAGUUUCCGAGGCAACGACAAAACUAUAUUUGCAUAAAUAAAUAAACCAACAAACAUAAACGCUGCCAAACUUGACGAAUGCAUUGGAAUUUGUCUACCGAAUAAUACAUAUAGCGUGCAUAUGUAUAUAAAUUCUUAUUAGAACCCCACACUCCCUCCACCAAACACGAAAAAAAAACAAAACCCCAGAGAGAGCCAAAAGCCCCAAAGUUUAGGCUUCGCUCUUCGGCUGGCUCUCUUCCAUCGAUCAGUUGUUCGCCUGCCGCUCAGCUGCUCGGUCGAAACUUGGGAAAUAAGCCAAUAAAAAUAAAGCAAAAUUGACAACAAACCGCGAAUGCAGCAAAAGGCAGAAAAAGCAAACACAGCUAAUCACAAUUUGUUGUAAAUUUUUGCCAUUAAUUUAGAAACGAGUUUCACAAAAAUUAUUGAGUGCCAACCCGCCGUGCGGAAUAAUACAGAUAAUAAAUUAAAAACGACUUUGUCGCCACUGAUAAGAUUUCUGCCCUUAUCAAAAUUCAUAUAAACUGAGUGUUUAGUUUCGUGUAUUGUGCUUUGGAUGAUAUACAUACGUAUAUACUACAAAUGUGCUUCAUUAUAAAUAAAUUUUCGUCUUAAUCGCCACAUGUGUGACCUAGUUAAAAAAACAACUCACACUCGCGCAUGAAAUAACAAUGAAAUUUACAUAUAAACGUGGACCUCACCAUGCAUAAUAAUUAAUAACGAAAGGCGAACGCGGGGAUGAGGAAAAAUUAAACAAAAAUAAAAUAUCAAUUAAUUUGUAAACACCGCGAGAGGGAAAUGUUUAAUCUGUGUGCAUUUAAUUGAACAAUUUCGAGGAAGUAAUAUAAAAACGCUUUUGCAACAAAUCAACAAAGCAUCAUUUUCUGGCUUGUUUAUACGCAGCGAGGUGUAAAAAGGAAAGCAGCAGAUAAGGUGAUACCACAAGACAACGGCGGGCCUGGGCGCCCACCUAGAGAAGGAGAGGAAGAAGUAGUUACACUCCUCGAGCAGAGCGGGAUUAGCCGCGAAAUACAAUGACAGAGAAUCAGCUGUAUCCCAUGUCAUCGGAAUUCUUUGACACCGGCUCGAACAGCAGCAACAACACCCUCAAAUACGAUCUGUAUUCUCUGGGCUCCACCGUUGUGGGUGCGGCCCUGCCCACGUUGACCAUAAAUACGGGCUAUGGCAGCAGCAGCAUCAACAGCAACAAUAAUAAUAAUAACAAUAACAACAGCAGUAGUCACAGCAGCAGCAGUAGCAGCAACUGCUCCACCAGCACCACAAAUACCUGUAAUGUAAUGCUAAGUACAACGGCCAUAACAAUACCACGCAGCAGCAACCACAACCAGAACCAUCAUCAUCCGUAUCAGCAGUCGGAUUUGCAAACACCUCGUCACCAUCCCAGUCCACUACACACAUUGCCCAGCAUGACCCACCAGCAACAUCAGCUUCAGCAGCAGCAGCAGCAACAGCAGCAGCAACACCACAACCAACAGCAGCAGCAACAGGAGCAACUGCAACAAUCGCAUUUGGCUUUGGGGGAGCUCUCGGACUUUGGUCUAGAUCCCCUGGAUGCCGCCUCCCUCUCACCCACCCUGCUGCAGGAUGUGAGCCUCAGUGCAGCCUCGCCGCUGAACUCCACCCUGUACAAUGGCAACACGAGUGGAGCAGGCAGCAGCAAUGGAAUCGGUUCAGGAAGUAUUGGCUACUUUCCAACCGACAUGUCGCACAGCCUCAGCCUGAAUGUGGUCAGUGAGCAGGUGUUGCUGCAGGAGGCCGUUGCCCAGAAUGAGUUGCUCUAUGAGAUGACACCCAACUCGAAUGCCAUGUGGAGCGAUAUCAGCAGUGCCAUUAUCCAUACCAAACACGAGCCAUUCAGCCUGGACGACGACUACAUCUUUCCCAACGACAAGGCCGAGAUACAGGCGGCCGAUCUGUCCGAUCUAAAUGGUGGCGAUUUCCUGGAUGUCAUCGGAAACAUAGAGGAUUUCUUGCCGCAGACCACAGUCUCUCAAAGUGUUAAUUUUCUGCUGUCGCCGCAGACCCAAGGACAGGAUGCCCUGGUGGCGCCGCCCAUGGAACUUCUACAACAGCAGCAGCAGCACCAAAAUCAACAGCAGCUGCAGGUCGGCAGUCUGCCGCAAUUGCAAACGCUACUCACGUUGACCCAACAACAGCAACAAUCGAACAGUUCCUCCACUAGUCCGUAUGAGAUAUACCACAGUACGCCCCAAAAGCCACAGCAGCAGCAGCAGCUCUCGGCCAGCUUCUCGCCCGGCAGCCAGGCCUCCCAAUCGCCACUGACCCCACCGCCACCACCGCACGCCAAUCGACCUCAGUACCAGAUGGUAAAGUCACGGAACAUGCAGGAGCUGAUCAAGAAGGGCUUUCCCAUGUCCUCGCCGCCAGAGCGCUCGAUCCUAAGUCAAUCUGCUGCAUUGAGUCCGGGGGGUAGCAGUGGUUUUGGCAGCUCGGUUUCCGGCAACAGUACAACUACCAGUAAUCAGACACCCGGAUCGGCCGUGCGCAAAUCCUUUGGCUACCAGAGUGCCGUGGAGAACUCCCAGCUGAGUCGCCUCAGCUCGUCGGCUCCCACGCACCUGGGAUUGGAGCACAUCUGGAUGCGGCGCGAGCCGCGACAGCAUUUACUCUCAACCGGCUCGCUGGCCGAGGCCGAGAGCUUCUCCUCGCUGAGCACGGGCAGCGUUUUGUCCCCGGAUGGCAUCGACUUCUCGCAGGACGACGAGGAUGACAAUUCGAGCGAGAACAGUGACAACUACGAUGACUUCAGCAGCGAUAAUGGCCUAUCUGGGGAUGAAGAUGAGACGCGCACCUCGACACCGAAUCAUUUGUCCAGUAGCAAGGGCAAAGAGCGAUUCUUCUGGCAGUACAAUGUCCAGGCCAAGGGGCCCAAGGGCAAGAGGCUUGUCUUCCAAUCGAAGCUCGAGGAUCCUCAUGUGCUGAACGAGGUGACAGACCCCGUCUUCAGUCCCACGUGCUCCGUGCGAGGCAUCAAGGUGUACAAGCACAGCGGAAAGGCUCGCAAGGGCGAUGGCAACGACUUGACUCCAAAUGCCAGGAAGCUGCACAAUAUUGGCAAGGAAUUGGACAAGCUAAGCCGCACCAUCAACGACAUGACCCCAGUUUCCGAGCUUCCCUUCAAUGUGCGCCCAAAGUCGCGCAAAGAGAAGAACAAGCUGGCCUCACGUGCCUGUCGCCUGAAGAAGAAGGCCCAGCACGAGGCCAACAAAAUAAAGCUUUUUGGCCUUGAAAUUGAACACAAGCGCCUCAUCAAUGGCAUAGCCGAACUAAAGCAGGCCCUGGUCGUCAAGCAUCGCACCAAGAAUCUGGGCGAACCAACCGAGGAGGUUGACCAACAAAUUGCACGCAUUUACGCCACCGCCUCGUCUGGAAUCCGGAUUGCGGGCGGUUCAACGGAUUUUGUGAACAAGGUUCUAGAAAACAUGCGCGGCGGCAUGCCCAAUGGAGGCCUCGAGGAGUUGCGUAAAUCAUCGUAGACCAAAUACAGAAUAUGUAAAGCUAACGAACCGCCCAUCAAGAUUAGUUUUAACAAUAUUAGAGCUGCAUAAGAGCCCCCAACAACAGCGCCAACCAUACCAAUACCACCAACAAGUGAAACCCAUUCUAUGACAGGACUACAAUUGGAUUUGGAUUGGAAUCGUUCUGAAAAGGAACACAUUUUCUUGACACCGGAAAUGUUUGAGAAAAUCCCUAGUGAACCUCCUCCACCCCUCCUGAAGACACAACGUUCUGUUAAAUUGUUCUGCAUGAGUGAUAUAAUAUCGAUAACCGAGAUAUAACUGUGAUUUAAAGAGCCUGGGCUUUGUAUGUUUUGUAUGGCAGGAAAUAGAAGAAAAUAUUUUUAACUUUUUCGCGACCACACUGCAACCGGAAAGCCAGAGCCAAACAAACGUAAAAAAAGAGAAACAAAAUUCCUUUUGAAAAUGCAACAUUAACAAAUUGAAAGAAACAAAACAAAAAUCGUAAAGAAAGAGGCAACCAACAAAACAAAAAUGAUGAGAAAUGUGUAAAAAUACAAAAUUUUGUUUAGCUAUUAAGAUUGUUAAGGAGCAUCGGAUUGUUAGAUGAGCAAGUGAAUUUUUGUAGGACUUUGCUACCAGUUUUACCUGCUUAACGAAUAAGGGUUUGAAUUCAUUUGAUUCGAUUGGAAAACAAUUUAUCUGGAAUGCUAAAAAUCAUUUUAAAAUAAGUUAUAUACAACUGCGAUUUAUCUGGUUAAGUUUUAAAUGCUAUAUUAAUAUAUAUUAUGGUCCUAGGUUGUCGUUUUUAAGUUUUUCAUUUUGUUAAAGAAAGUUUGAUUGUUUCCAAAAAAAGUAAUGUUUUGCGAAACUUUAUUAAUUUACUUAAAUGCUAUAACUAUCUAUACAUACAUGCGUGGUGAUAUAAUUUUAAUUUUUCUUUUAUGCUUUUAUUUCUUGAUGUUACAAGCUUGAACUCUAUAACUGAGAAGGAAAUAAUUUUAAGUUUUUCUAUUAUCCAUACGAUUUUCUUAUAUGAGAUACCUUCAAUAUAAAUUAUAAUUUAUUAAUUUGUAGGCACACACAUGAAAACAUUUUCAAGGCUUCAGUUUUACUUUUCACUUGCGGGCUACUCAAAAAAAAAAAUAUAAGAAAAAACACCAAACAAAAAAAUAAUACAUCUUUGAGUUUUAUUCUAAUUUGCAUUAUCGAAAUGAAUAUUUUUGCUCUGCUUCAAUGCUAAUUUUGUGAUAUUUGAUUCAAUUUUUCUUUGUUGUGUAGUUCUUUGGGGCGGGUUCCUCCUCCUAUGGGUUAUUAUUUCCUUUUACUAUUUGUAGCCUUUCUUACUGCUAUUUGUUGCUUAACGUGUUGUGUUCAAUUGAUAUCAAAAGAAUUAACUUUCGAGAGGUAAACUACAUUCUAACUGAGGGUAAUGGAAACAGAUCGAGAAUGAGAACGAAAAUACAAAUUACAAAAGUGAUUCAAGUUAAAAACUUAGAACUUAGGCACUCGUAUCACCCACAGCGAUGAACACGUGGACAUAACAAAUUGUAGUUGUUAGUCUAGGCUUAAACAAGUAUAAUAAAAACCGAUUGAGCGCACAUAAAUUACAAAUCAACACACAAAAUUGGCCAUCAGUUUUAGGGUUUUCAAAUUAACGUCUUGGGAGCUUAACCUCGAUACAUAAGUGAUAGGAAUUCAAAAUUACAACUUAGAUCUUUAGAAACACAUUGGGAAAACACAGAUACCCCCGUAUAUACACUCACACACAAAGUACAAGCGCAAGCAAAAUACAGAAUUAAGUUUUAGGGUGGCUUUGUGUUUAAAGUACAGAGUAAAGCAAACAGAAUUCAAGGCGAAGCAGCAUUGAAAUAAGCACGACAGUUCCUCAGUGUUUAAUAUUGUAUAAUUACUAUAUUAAAUGUAUAUUUAAUACAAAAAAUGUAUACCUAAAUGUUACGGAUAUUGUAAAUGUGUGUGCUUUAUAUAUAUGUGCUUCUGAGAAAACAACUUUUAUAUACAUAACGAAACUAAGCAAACUACCUCAAAACACGUUGGAAAAGAAGUUCAAGUUUCAUAUUCGGUAGAGAAGCAGCAGAAUACAAUUUGAAAAGUAAAUAUAAUUUAUAAAAAAUAUAUAAAAACCAAGAGCCUGAUUCAUGUGUCCAUUUAAAGCGUAUAAUUAUCUAUAUUAAUAACAAGGCAUAUUAAUGUAUUUUCAAAUUCUUUAAAAUUAGGUAUGAUACGAUAAUAACAAUUCAAAUUAGAUAGUUCACCAAGCCGAAUAGUUGACGGACUUGAUGAAGCUGCGGAGAUCAAACAACGAAACUCUGAAGUCCUCUUGGCAAGUGCAUUACCAGAACCAAAAAUAUAAAAAACACAAAACUAUUGAAAAGUCCAAAGUGGAUCAAUUGAAAUAAAACCAGAAUAUGAAUAUAAAUAAAAACAAAACAACUGUGUUGAAAAUUUAAAAUUUUGUAUGCGUUAAGCAAAAAUUGAAAACAUAACUAUUAUGUCUAAAUAAACACACGUCUGAUGUAUGUAUGUACGUCAAAAAAAA